AGUAGCUUAUGACGUACAUUUUUAAACAGACACUGAGAUUCGUGAAUUCGUCAUUCGUCAGUCACUGUUAAAGGUAGUUUAAUGAAUUGAAAUAUUAUGCCAAGAAGUGUUAUGAUACAUGCAAUGCAUCAAUUUAAUGAGUUCAAUGACACUUAUAUCGAUAAUAAAUAUGAUAUAUCUGACGAGCAAUAUUAUUAUGGCUCUAACAAGCGAAAAAGGAAAACUGCUGCACCUCAAAAACGAGAAUCAACCGAAGAAGGUUCGAGAGAAGAUUUCAAAACGAUGCUUAAAAAUUCAACAUUUGGUCCUAUAAAUUUGGUUACAAAAGAAAAUAAUGUUCUCCCUUCCACCUUAAAUGGUACCGAACGUUCAAGUGAAGUAUUAGGUGACAGCAAUAUAACCACACCUCCAGAACACGUGAGACUUUAUGCUGCAAUGCUGAACUAUUUUCUUUUGAAGUAUAAGGCGUCGAAUGAUUUGAAAUGUGGAUCGUUUUCUUCGUGCCCAUCAUUAGCGGAAGUCAAUCAUGGGUUUGAUAAAACAUCGGGCAGCUCUCUUUCCAACAAUCUGUCAAAUUUAUUUUGCUCAACUCACGUGAAUCAUUCUACAAAUCCUGUGACUGUUACUUCGAACAAACAAUGCCCUUCUAACGGAUCUUAUAAUGAUGAGUUCUAUUACACAAAUUCUAAAGAAAUUGAUAAACUUUACAAGCACAUUUCUAUGAAAUAUGAAGCAUAUUUAGAUUGGCGGCAAAAUGUUAUAAAUUCUAUUAGCACUUGCAUAACUAAUAUACCUGUUCCAAAAUCUAAUUGUCCAAAUUAUGAAGCCAUGUCUGUUUGCUAUAAAUCGUUAAUAGACAGAGCUUACGCUUUACAACAAUCUGUGGAAUUAUAUUUUGGAAUGAUCCAAAAUUCCCUCUCUUACAAUUCACUUCCACAUCAACAUUUAGAUGAUGUCAGUGUGAAUUCUCCAGUUCAUAAUCCGACUUGGAGUGGACAGACAAAUAAUAUCACUAACUUCCCAGUUCAACCACCGUACACCUCAAGCUCAUAUUCUUCAGUAAAUUUGUCGGCUGUUCUCACCGAUAUUUUUCAGUCUAAUAACACUGUGGUCAGUAAUCAAGAGUUGAUUAAUGAGUACAAACGAGUUUCCGGUGUGAGUUUCGAGCAGUCUAAUCAGCUUUCGGGCACUUAUGUGUCCGAAAGUCAAGCUCAAACCAGUUUACAGUUGCCAGUGGACUUAACGAGCUCAGAAAAAAAUAAGACUUCUGAUCCCUUCAUUUUAAAUCUGCCACCACAUGUUGAGGCAAAAGUACACAACUCAGAUAAGUCAAAUAAGGAAAACCACGACUAUGCCUCAAACGAAGAACCAGAUAGGUGUAAUCCAUCACAAAAGUCUGAAAACAGCCGAAUCCCAACAUUGAAAGGAGAUGGAGAAUAUACUUUCUCAAACGCUACUGAACAUAAUAUGGUUUCUAACGUUGGUGUUCGGAAUGGUUUUGUUUCUCAAAAUCUAAAACACUCUGCCAGUAAUAUGUUAUGCAACUCAAUUAUUAACUGCUCUCCAAGAUCUAAUAUAAAUAUAAGAAAAAAGGUUUAUUUUAAAUCAAAGCGUGUAAAAAAAUCAUUUGCAUCGAAUUCAGUGCAGAACAACAGCAACAUUUGUCCGGAAAACUCCUCUCCCAAAAAGUCCAAUUUCAGAGGAACUAGCGAGGAGGAAAAUAAAGUAGCUCCCAAUUUCAAACCAAUUGAAGUAAAUAGUCAAAUAUUACUAUCUGAAGCUCAUCCAAAUGUGAAAUUAUCCAAAGAUAUAUUUUAUAGUUUAAUUGUAAAAUCAUCUGGAAGUGCUACAAGAUUAAUCAGAUUACUAAUGAAAAGUUUUUUUACACAAGAUGAAUUGGCUGCUUCAUCAUUAUCUGGUGAAGGUAUAUAUAAACAGCGCCUUGAACCAAGUGUUACGGAAGCAAUUAAAAUAUUCAUACGUCAAAGACAUCCACAAUUAAAAACUGGAUCAAUUAAUUUAUGUAUGACAGAUGUAUGUGUUCAAGCUAGAAGAGUUGCUAAUAACCAAAGAAGUCGACAACAUCCCUUAAGAAAUUCACCAACUAUGCAAGAAUCUUUAAAAUCACAUAGAAGUUGUACAAAUGAUCAAGAAGAAUGUGAUAGUCUAUUAGGACUUAAAAGUAGAACUAAUAAUUCAAUUCGUUUAAAUUCAACUGGGAAACUGCAAAAACACAAUCAUGAUAUUGUAACGACAACAACACCUACUACUACACCUAUAACAAAUCCUAUAACAAAUGAAUAUGAUUCUAGUUAUUGUAUAGAAAUGUCAAAAUCUGAAAUUAAUGGUACACAUUUUUCAGAAUCAGAAAAUGAUGAACCUAUUUUACAAAUAGUUGAUGAACGAAAUGAAAUCAAUUCAGAUAAUGUUGAUACACCAGCAUCAUGUUCAGUGAAUUCUUUCAUGUCAGAUCAAAAAUAAAAUUUAAUGUCAAUUUAAAAAGAAAAUAAUAAGCAAAAACAACAAACUUAACUGAUAAACUAUUUAUAAUCUAUUACAGGCUGUGCAUGUUUCUCAUCAUCUCUAUAAUUUAUUGAAUCCUCUUUCUAAUUUUGUUUUAAUUUAUUACAUCCAUAAUUGUGAAUAUACAACGUUUCUUUUCUUUGUUGUUUUUACCAAAAAAUAACUAAAUGAUAAUCAAUAGUCAUAGAAGCAAGACUUAAAAUCAAAUUUUUAUUGGAUUCAAAUUAAUUAAUCAUGGUAAAUUGUUUUCUCUUUACCUAAAAAAUAAAAACGAAUGAAUUUGUGUGUGUGUGUGUGAUUUAGUCAUUAGGUUCUAUUAGUGUUUAGUUUCUAGUUUAUUUAUUUAGAAUUUCCUUGGACAUUUUUUGCAGCAUGACAUGUUUCAUUCUUUAUCCUUGUCUCUCUUCUUCUUCUUAUAUUUUUUUAAGAUAAUCUUCAAUUAAUCUUAUUCACUUUUAUGAUCGUUUAUUUUUUUUCUUAAUUUUAGCGUUACUACUAUUAUUAUGACUAUUGUCUUUUGUAUUUCAAUCAAUUUAUCUAUUGUGUGUUAUAUUAUAAGUAGUAAGGCAGCUUCAGUUAGAGGGGGGAAAAUAUUUUGUUGUGUUUUUUUUAUUAAAAAACUCAUUUCUGUUGAUAUCCCUACUUACUAUUUCUUCAAAUUUUGUUCUUCUCUUUAAUUACAUGUAAAAGAUUGCCUUUUUUUAAAAAAAUUAAAUCUUAUUUUUCACCUCCCUUUAAAAAGAAAUUUUUUUUUCUUUCUUGAAUAAAGUAUACAAAGAAAAACAACACGGUAUUAAAGAACAAUAUAUAACUAUCCAUAUUACUUAGUUUGAAUGGAUUCUGUUUAACUAAACACUUUUUUUUAGAAAAAUAAAUGAUUAUACUUUAAAAGUAUUGGGAACGUUUGCAAAAAAGGAAAUUGCACAUAAUUGUGAUUGAUAGUGCUUCCUGUAUGUUAACUUAUUUCGGUAUCUUAACAAAGUUUUAUGAACUGUGUUUAGCUUAUUAAAACUUUCAAUAACACUGUUAGUUUGCUUUACAUGGUCUAUUUAUAAAACAAAUAAUAUUAUUAAUUAUAAUAAUAGAUUAUAUGUCUAAUAUUAGUAAAGAAUUAUCGGGGUAUAUAAGACUGUUAUAUGAUUAUCUCUUCUCUAACUGUGACAUCUAAAAAAUUCUUAGUAUUCUCACUUGGUUUUUAUGAUUUAGAUCAAUCGCCAUUCCAAAUGUAGUCGAUCGUUUGUUCUGGUUUCUUUUUCUUCUUUCAGUAACCGGAACUAUUCCAUUUCAUUGUAAUUUUGUGAAUAUAUAUAUACAAUAUAAAUAUAUACAUGCAUAAGUUUCAUUUGAUUGUGUUCAUUAUCUUGAUGAAUAAUUUAAUUAUGCCUUCUGUGAUGAAUAUAUGUUAUUGUAUUUUAUUUUGGUUUCAAUUUCAAUCUUUUACAUUUCCAUAUUAUUAUUAUCAAUCAAAUUUUUAUGAAUGACUAAAUAAGGAAGUAUUGAGAAUCAUAAAUGAGUUGUACGCUUAAUCAACCCUUGGUAAUCUUGUUUUCAUUUCUUUUUUGACAAAAAAGAAAAAGAAAAUCAGAACAAUACGAUGUAAUAUUCCAAUGGACCCUCUUUUUUUAUGAAUAUUGUGAUAUAUAUGACAUUUUCUCACCUUAUAAUGUACAUCUUUUUUCUUUAAUGUACCUUUCUUUUUAUUAUUAUUAUUAUUAUUAUUACAUGGAAAGAACAGAAUUUCCAAUCAAAACAAAACAUCCAUUUUUCUCUGUAUUAAUUGAGAAAAAUGGUUUGAAUUUGAUCCCAAAAAAGAAAUUACAAUACAGCAUUCUUGAUUUUGUUGUCAAUAAAAAAAACAGAGAAAUCACAUAGCAACAACAAUAAUAAUAAUAAUGAUAAUAACAAUAACAUAAUUAUCAUUUACCUUAUCAGCAGCACAAUACAUCACAUAGAAUUCGAUAUUGGACACUAAAAAAUUACUAUUAUCAUUAUUAUUAUUGUUAAUAAUAUGAAUAGUAUUACUAUUCUGGAGAUUAUUUACUAUGAAUUUUAACCUGUACGAAAGUGGAUAAAUACAGACAAUCAGUCACAAUUCUUGCUCUUCUUCAUCAUUAUCUUUCUUCUCUUCUCUUUUACAUAUUCAUUUUUCAUUACUAAUACAGAAUUUUGAAUAAGAAAUUAAAAUUCAAGAGAUAAUUAGUUUUUAGUUGUGAUAUAUAUAUUUGUAUAGGAUUAUCUAUGAAUAAAAUAAAUAAUAAAUAAAGAGAAUAUUUGU